CUGUGACAGUAUCAAAUCAAGAUCAAAAAUCCUCUCCAUUUCACCGUUCAGAGGGAAAAAAAAUACUAGCACUGAAGUCAGCAACAGCCCUGCGAUGAGCCGGCGACUUGUCCAGGGUGUACCCCACCUCUCGCCCAUAGUCAGCCGGGAUAGGCUCCAGCUUGCCCGCAACCCUGCACAGGAUAAGCGGCUACAGAUGAUGGAUGGAUAAAGAGGUAGAGACUUAAAUCCAUCCAUCCAUCACUGCUUAUGUUACAUUUUCUAUAAUAUAAAAGCCUUCUUUUAUAUUAUACAGCCACUCAUUUUUAAAACCACAUUUAAGUAGAUUUGUUGAUUAAUUCUUAUGAAUAAUUGAUGAUUAGAAAUGCAAACAAUGAAUAUUUGAAUUUAGAUGUGAUUCACUAAUUCAUAUUUUCUCAGGACCUAGUCGUAGACCUCUUUGAAACAGACAUGCCAUUGUUCCAUUUUUCAAGGCUGCCUGUAAAAAUCCCAUUUCUUAUAAGUCCCUGUACUUUAGCUGAACAGUGAAUGAGUUUCCAGGGAGUGGCAAAAGUACUGGGAAAUCCCAUUCACAGGCUUUAUAAACAGCCCAGGGCAAAACCACUGGCAGUGUCACAAUGAAGUCCACACUACACACUUUCCCUGCUUUUCUGGUUCUGGGAAUCUGCAUCCACUUCACAGUUCAAAGGGCAGAAAGUCAGUAUGUUCCGAACCGCUGUGCCUGUCUAAAAUCCAGGAAUGGAGUACUGGGACCGUUUUCAGAUUUCACGCUCACCUUAAAAAGAUCUGGCUGUAUGAGAGACGAGAUCAUAGUGAUACUGAAGAAGGACAACCGAAAGGUGUGUCUAAGUCCUCAUGGACCUCAAGGCAAAAGACUGCUGAAAUGCUGGCACAGAAAACAGCAUGAAGGCAAAAAUGGGAAGAGAUGCAUGGGAAGACUCAGACCACGGCUACAUAAAAAGCAGUAUACCAAAUCCAAGAUGAUCCAAAGAUAAUCAGCGCAGCAUGAUGGCAGCUAAUGCAGUCCCAUAAACACACUACUCUAAAUUGUCCAAAUACUUCAGUUGAAUUCAACAGCUUUUAUCGUUUUACAAGCUAUUUGUAGCAAUGUGAAUGUUUACAACCUUUAUAUUCAGGGCUGGACCCAGUUAUAACUAGUUAAAAUACAGCGAAGAGGACAUGUUUCAAACACAUACCAUUAUUGCCAGUUUUAGUGGGGUUUAGGAGAGAAGUGGAAUGUAUUUUGCACACUGUUUGUACAGACUUUUUUUUUUAAAUCAAAUUGUUACAUAUAUGUAUAUAUUUUUUUGUUUUACUAAGCUUUAUAAUAAAAAAAUAAACAACA